AUGGUUUCCACGACUUCCAGAGAAUUAUGCUCAAUAUGCAAGGGCAUACUAGAUAUAAUACGGGUAACUGGAUGGUACAAAAACCUUGCAUAUCACGGAUCACUAUCAUCUUUGAGAAGCUCCGCUAAAACCGCUUGUUGUAUAUGUGUGCUUGUGCUUAGUCGGCUAUACAACAGGGAUUCAGACUCUUCUGAUCCUCCGGAAGCGUUAUUCCCCAUUGACUGCGACUCAGACACAUCCUCAGCAAGCUGGCAACACUCAUUCUAUUUGACCUUGCGAUCACAGACCGCAGCGAGCUUUAAACUGCGGUUUUACUUCGAAACUAUUGAGAACCCUUCAGGCGGGUAUGCCCAUUAUCGGCCUUCUGUAUCUACAGACUCUCCAGAGACUUGGAGUCUGAUUGAAUAUUGGCAAUGGGCACCCACGCGAUUGCUUGAUGUCGGCACCUUUGAAAAAGACGUCGUUCGAUUGGUAAAUGGAAAAGAUAUUGAUCAGUCUAAACAAAACUACGCCACACUCUCUCACUGCUGGGGUAUAGCUGCACAAUUACCUCGAACAACUAGAAGCAAUAUCAAGGAACUCAAGCAACUCAUUCCCUAUCAGCAAUUUCCAAAGACAUUUCGAGAUGCAAUCAAGAUCGCCCGAAAGUUCCACUUGCGCUAUCUUUGGAUUGAUUCCUUAUGCAUAGUUCAAGACGAUGCCGAAGAUUGGAUGCGUGAAGCUGCUUCCAUGAGCAAUGUAUACUGGUAUUCCUUCAUUAACAUAGCUGCUACAGGCGCGAGCGAUAGUUCUCAGGGAUGCUUUUGGGAGAGAAAUCCGCAGGAGGUAGUACCGACGGAAGUUGAUAUUUGUUGGUCGAAUCACCGAGGAAAAAAAUCCAGGUAUCUCUUUGUACCAGCACCUAGCCUCUGGGCCAGAAAGCUCACGGAAGAGCCACUGAAUAGACGCGCAUGGGUACUACAAGAACGAAUCCUUUCACUCCGCGUUUUACAUUUUGGGCAUGAGCAGGUUUUUUGGGAAUGUCGAGAGUUAGCCGCAUGCGAAACCUACCAUGACAGACUACCCGCUGCUUUGUGUGGGGAUCCACUCAUCGGCAUCAAGAGAUUACAGCUUGGAGAUGAGACCAAGGGCGAACGCUGGCCCGCAAAGUAUACCUCAGAAGCCCCAAAACAUGAAACGAUGAUGAGAAGAAUACAGAAUAGCCUCAUGACAAUAUUCCGACCUAUCAUUGUUCAAGAAGUUACUCUCCAUGCCCAAAUGAAGAGCUCAUCGGAAUUUCGAGAUUGGGAUGCAGUUGUGGAACUGUACUCAAUGUCAAGUCUCAGCUUCCCCAAAGACAAGCUCAUCGCACUGGCAGGUAUUGCAAGUAGCAUAUCAAUUUCCAGUUCAGGCGAACCUGGAGAUGGAUAUCUUGCAGGUAUGUGGCAAUCGUCACUGCCGGUCUAUCUUUUAUGGAAACCUAGGGUAACCGAGACCCCUCAAGGAGGGUUCUCAUAUAAAUGGCUAGGCUAUCCGAAAAGGUACGAAGAAUACGUAGCUCCGACAUGGUCCUGGGCCUCCAUCCAAGGCAAAAUAUCGUUUGCGUGGUGCCAGCAUAACUACGAUCCGAACGACUACCUGGUAACACUUGAAGAAGCAAGCGUGUCUUGUGAUGGUGUCUAUCGCUUUGGUCGGGUCAAUUCUGGAUUUAUAAGACUCGUUGGACCAGUCACGUCAACUCUCUGGAUUACUGAGAAUCCUUUCCCUUCCGCCAAACCCAAGGCCGCGAGGAUCACGCAUAUCUUUCCACCUCACUUGAAUCGCAGCGUUUCUGUUUCCGUCCCUCCAGACUCUAACACGGAGCAAGAGAUCUUCUUUGAUACAGCCAUGGAAAACAUACCAGAGCAGCUCACAUUAUUGCCCAUUAUAGGAACCACUAAGAGAACGGCACAUGAGAAUGAAGCGGUCAUUGGUCUAGUGCUAGACUCGUCAGCUGGAGAAAACAGGUUUCAACGCAUCGGUUUCUUCUACACUACAAGGACGCAAGUUAGGAGAAUCCUCAGGAACAUGCCGCGAAAGCCGAUUGUGAUAGUCUGA